AUGGAAAAUCUUCCGGUGAGGUUUCAGAGAAUGAUGGAUGCAUUUGACGCUGAUAUGGCACUUUCACGUGUGAAGCCCUGCAGCGAGAGCAGCGGAAGCGAGCACUCGCCGGAGAGCUCGCCCGAAUUGUCUGAUCUCGUGUUGUCUUUUAUGGAAGACAACGAGAGAUCAGAAGAAGAGGAAGAAGAAAAAGAAAAAGAAAAAAUUGAUCGUGGCGAAGAUCUCGGUGAGAAGGUUAAUGAAGAAGAUCUUGAAAAAGUUGAAAUGUUGAAGAAGUUGUUUGAUGGGAACGAAGAUGUUGAAGAGGAUGAAAGGGAUGAUAAAGAAAGGAUUAGAAGAGAGGUUGAGAUUGCAAUUGGAGGACUUAUUGGAAGUGAUAAUUCAUUUCCUGGAUUUAAACGUUGGUUGAUGACUCAAUUAAGGGAGAAAGGUUACGAUGCUGGACUAUGCAAAACGAAAUGGGAGAAAAGGGGAAAAUUAACAGCAGGAGACUAUGAGUACAUUGAUGUAACUCUUUCUGGAAAACGUUACAUAGUUGAAGUUUCUUUAUCUUCUGAAUUCGAAAUAGCUCGUCCAACAAAUCAAUAUUCUUCUUUACUUGAAUUUUUUCCAAUGAUUUUUGUUGGUAAAAUGGAAGAGUUCAAACGAAUUGUGAGACUAAUGUGUUCUGCAAUUAAAGGAUCAAUGAAAAGAAUGGAUUUACAUGUAGCACCAUGGAGAAGAAAUUUAUACAUGCAAAACAAGUGGUUUAGUUCAUACAAAAGAACAACUAAUGCAGUUGGAGCUAGAAAAGAGUUGUCACAUUUUUCAGCUGAGACUUUUUUUCCUAAAAAGUUUAUGGGAUUUGAAGCAACACAUGUGAAUGUAUAUAACUGUAGGGAUGAAUACUUGAGGGUUAAUACUGGGUUUAGAGUUGGCCACUUGACUACAGCGCUAAAAAUGGAUGAUUUUGGAUUGUGA